AUGGAGGCAUUGCAAUCGUUCUGCGUCGGCAUUGAAUCACCCGAAAGAGGGUUUUUCAAGCCUAUCCAGUCACACUACAAGAUCAAGUAUAACGACGGAAAGACGAUUAAGGACUGGUUCUUCCCUUCUAAUAAUCCUGCGGAUCCAUAUACGUUCCCGAAUACCAUGGACGUCGAUAUCGUGGUAACAAGUUACGCUGUGAAAGACAAGCUGGAACUUACAAUCACGAUUAAGGAUAGGGGUUCAUCGGACCUCAAGCAGUGA